GAGAAAAGCGGCACUUCAGAACCAGAAAUCAUGAUUCCUUUCAGAUCCACAAUACAUGUCAUUUGCAUUUCAAUGAAAGUACCUGAGUUUAAGAGCGACAUACAGAACACUGUAUCAUCACUGUCUCUCCUCAAUGCCUUCAGUGGACACGUGGAACCUCAGCAGCAAACUGAGGAGUUUAAACAUCUCACCCAAACCAAAUUUCAAGAAAUUCGAAAAGGUUUGGCAGAAUGCAUUAGCAGAUGGUCAGAAAAUCACGUCCAUCUUAAAGACUGGAGGCCAAUUUUUGACCUUCCCCUCCCUGAUCAUUGGCAACAAAUGUGGGUGGAGACCCUGAAGGAACUUUUCAUGAAGAGGGUUCGACAGAUGAAGCCUUUGCAGCAAGUACAACUUUGCCGUAAAAACUUAUCAGAGAUUCCAGUACUAGAUGACUGUCUUUUGAAAUGUGCCACCACAGCAAUCAGAGACCUUGUGAACGAAACAACUGCUCACUCACCAAUGGAUUAUUUGGAGGAAGUGUCAAGAUGCAAGAAAUUAAUGUCGGUGACUGUCAUGGAAAUACUAGGACCUCUGCAAUCAAAUAACAAGGACUGGCUGUACCUUCUCAGUAAUUCUCAGUGCAGAAAUCUUUUGAUUGUUUUGAAUAAAUGUCAAAAAGAAGAUUCCUGCUACAAUGAAAAACUAGAUCAAGCCAAGAAAUUGAUUGAAAUUGCAGAAAAAGAAAUGAAAACAUUACUGAUUCACAUUAAGAAAAAUUCAGUGGCAUCCAAAGUGGUGUAUCAUAUUCUAAAAGAUAAUGAUGCUGACAAAUUAUGUCAGUUGUUUGUUGAAAAGAAUGAGGAAAAUAACUUCAAGAAGGCCCUGGAAUCAGCCAGAAAAGACUUAAAUUUCCUCGAACAGCAGCAAAAACAAAUUAAGGGUCUAAUUUUCCUCUGUGACCACAUUGCUGCUAUACUCACAGUUGAUGUUAGCUACCUACGACAAUGCCAGAACAUCGAUUUCUCUAAAGAAGAACAUUCUUUAUGCUUUUUCUGA